UGUUAACAAUUGAAUAUGUAUAUGUAAUAAGAUGUAUAACAGUCGGAUGACAAUAAUUAUAUCAUGCAUUGUAACGUAACAAAGUGUGUAGAUAUUGUUUUAAACAAAAGCAAAAACGUACACAGAAGGAAGUGUUAAUAUAAACAGAUUGUUGUAAACCAGUGAUGCGUGGAGAGAUUUUCAGGUGUAAAUAGGUCAGGUGAUGUACGGACAGCCAUGAAAGGGUUCAAUGGGUCAGACAUGUUGUAGGCUGAGUACAAAUGGCAACGAGUAUCGUUCUUAUGAUGGGGAGGACGUGCAAGUGGGCGGCCAGGGUCAAGCUGAAGACCAACAUGAAGGCGAACUUCGUAGAACAUGUUCCAUGGACCUUCUAACACCAAGUCCUCACGCAUUAAAGUGUGAAUUAGAAGAAAUGUCAUUUAGAUUCAUCGAUGAUACGACUGAGGAUGUAGAAGAUAUAUUGAAUGAUACAAGAAAGGAACUUGAAUGCCAAGCAAACCAAGAAAUACAGAAGUUUAAGACCACCGCCAAGCGUGCAGCAGACACAGUUGUUGAUGAAACUAAAGUUAAACUAUCCGAAGCAACUCGCGAGGAGGUUAAACACUUCCGAAAUGAGGUUUCUAGCGAGAGGCACAAAUCAUCAAAGACCAGUGUCACACAUGUACAUGGAGACCAGAUCAACAUAAAGAAUACCGGUGUCGUCAAUAUUUCUACUCCUAAAGGCUCAAAGAUAUCGAUCGACAACCAGAAGCUGAUAAAGGAUCUUAAAGAGCGCCUUCAACAGGACUACAAAAAGCGUUUGGGCUCAAUUCCCUUGUCACCCCUUGUUCCAACCAUCAACAACAAGUUGUACAACUUUUAUGUGCAGCCGAACAUUUCUAAACCUAAGCCAGGAACAAAGGGCCAACACGACGAUGAUGAUAAAUCUGAAGUAGUAGUAUCGUACAAAGAUAUAUUUUGGAGUCACAAUUCAAAGAAGAAAUAUGCAGAUGUGUACCUACAAGGCGAGCCAGGUAUGGGAAAAUCUACCUUUUGCGCUAAACUUGCUUUAGAUUGGUGUGAUGCCCAUUCAAGUGCCUUUGCAAAAGGGAAAAAUAAAUCGAGCCAAACUGAAGGGUUUAGAGAUGUUGAAACGCUAAAGAAAUUUGACUAUCUCUUUUUUAUCAUUCUUCGCCGUACUAGCUCGAUAAAAGACGUUGAUGAAAUGAUUAAGGAAGAAAUAGUAAAACGAAUAUUUUCUGAAAAGGAUCAUAAGAUCAUGUAUGAACUUAUACAAACGGUUCUGGAUGAAAAUUCUUGUCUUAUCAUAUUAGAAGGGCUGGACGAGUGGUCAUAUUCAGACCAUAGAAUCGUGCCAGAAAAACGUAUGCGGAAGAAAUGUACUAUCUUGACCACAAGUAGGCCGUGGAGAAUGGCUAAAGUGGCCGUCGCCCAUUCGGAUAUUGAUGCUGUAUUGACCAUUUCCGGAAUAGAAAACGCAGAAGUCCUGGCUGAGAAGGUCAUUCGAUGUUUGAACAACAUAUCAUCACAGAAUAAAUCAGCGGCAGAUUUCAUCCAGAAACUUAAACAACUUAAUCUUAGUAGUUUUCUACAAAUACCUGUGGUGUUAAUGCAGUUGGUAUGCCUUUGGUAUGAGAAUGGGAGCUUAAAACCAAGUCUCAGGGAAAUAUAUACCAACAUGAUUGACAUGCUUUUUGGUAGGGCUAUUGGUCUACAUAUCGGAAUUGACAACACCAAAACAAUAGAAAAGUUUGAAGCAAAGGGCAAGAAGAAAGUGACGGAAUCACUUUCAAAACUUGCAUUCCACUUAUUGUUCAAAUACAAUAAGGCAAAUUCGAUUGUAUUUGGUGAAGAAAUUGUUGACAAUCACCUCUCAUCUGCUGAAAAGAAAGUAGCACUUAAAGCAGGGAUUCUGUCGGAAAGAGAAUCGACACAGUUUCUUACCUCUCGAAAAUCAGACUUCAUAUUCUUACAUAAGACUUUUCAAGAAUAUUUGGCAGCAGUAUAUUUAGCACAAAACCAACAUGCCGUGGGAGAAGACAUACGGCUAUAUUUUGAAUCUAGUAUUGAGGAAAACGUAUUGGAUAUUUCUCAAGUGUUCAUAUUUCUGUGUGGUAUGAAUCCGAACAUUGCAGAACUCCUUUCUACAUGGAUAAACUCCAAAAUUGCAUGUAAGACGCAGAUGAAAGAAUUUCACGCUAAAACGACGUUUGAAGCAGAGAGACCUGCACACAAAUUAGUCGAUUCUCUCCAAACAAUGAUGUUUUCAGGAUAUGAGGAGGCUAUUGUAAAUGGCUAUGCUGAUGUCAAACUAGCCUUGUCCCACUACUUCUUCAGAAAAAAUCAAGAAGAUAGGCUGGCAUCCUCAUUUGCACCCCUCUUUGAUUUAAAUAAACACAACAUUAUAACGUUCAUCCAUAGUUCAUGGUUAAAUUAUUUUUCAGACUCAAGAUUGAAUGAAAUGUUCCGUUUGUCUGGCAACACUCUUACCGCACUUGAUUUGAGGCUCAUGGGUGGACACCUUGACUUGACCCCAUGUCGGAACUUAAGGUGUUUGUACCUCGCCUUCUUUUUUGAAGGAUCAAGCGUUGCAAUACCUACAUCAAGUCCACGGACCCUCGUACUGGACAAUGUAACACCCGAGGUGGAACAAUCUGCGCUUAGCACUCUAAUUUCAAACAGCAGUCCGCUCGAAAAAAUAAUCAUUAAUAAAUCGAACGAUGUUCCAUUCCUGUGUCGUGCAGUAGAAUCUCUGAGUUGUUUGAGGUACAUUAAUUUGAAUGCGAUAGACUUUGGAAAUGAACAGAUAUCGUUUCCAUAUACAGUUACGCGCGUCAAAUUGGAUUAUAAUGCGGUGUGUGUGGAUAUGCUUAAACACACCAUUGGGCGCAUCAAGGAAGCCGGAAAGGAUCAUGUUGUAGAACUCGUCAUGUUUGAAUGCACACUGUUGGAACCAAGAACAUCUUCUGCAAAGGAUUUAAUAAAAGAGAUACAGAAAUCGAGGGAACUCAGUGUUUCUUCCAUUGAUAUAUCGAUGGAAUGGCCGAACCCGGAAGAUAUAAUUAAUCUUGAACUGCAGACGAAUUCAAACCAGAGGUGUUCAGAGCUGUUAUUGCCAUGAACAGUUUCUUUUAAAACAAUCAUCAUAGAAACUAUCGCAAUAUAUAUUUAACGUAAUACAUAUGUUACUAUUAUUUUUAUCUCCAAUUGAGUGAAUAUACGUACAAUAUUAUGAUAAAAGUAACAAGAGUUGUAUUGUGGACUUUGUAAAAAAAGAAAUAAAUGAUUCGCGGUGUUUAAGUGUUUUUUUUAUGUAUAACGAUACAUAUAAAUCGAGGCACAUGUAUAGUUGAUCCUUUAGAACCCAUACGAGCAUA